UUAUGUCACUUCCAUUAGAAUAACAAAUUAGGCAUCGCUUUGUUAGAGAUUUCGUGUCGGAAUUUACUGGCUUCUCCAAACAGAAAUCCUUUAUUUCGUUAUGGAAUCUAAGGGACGACGAAAAUCUUUAAAAAAAACCGGCUUGGAGACACAAGACAGUAAAUAUUCUAGUGCAACUAAGGCUAUAAGUGAUUGUGGAAUCUCGAAAUCGUCAUCGCACACUAUCUUUAUGAGAAAGGUAAAGCAUGGAAAUGAAUUCGAAAAAAUUUCAAAAGAAUCGAGCAUUGAAUCCUCAGAAAGUUACGGAUGCAAACACGGUAUCGAAGGGAAAAAAUAUUCAAAGACGGUAACACUAGAAAAAAGCUUAGCCAAACAUUUGGAUCCUUUCGUUUUGGAUCGCAAGGAAACGGAGAAUUGUUUUGCCGUUUAUGAUUGGGAUAUUGCCAAGAAAUUAGAAUUUUUAGUAAAGGAUUCAACCGUAAAUGAACAAGUCGAACGUUUGGAUGCACAUGUUCGGGACUUCAGUGAAAUAUCAAGAAACGGCUUCAAAAUAGACAAUCUAGACAGCAUUUGUGUUAUUUUGGAUCACCUUGUGGAUUCGAUACAAAAACAUCCGACGUUGAGAGAAGGCUUACAUCAAUUAUUGCAAAAUAUUGGUCAACCGAUCAUUUUGAAUGCCGCAUCAGAUGUUGUCAAAUAUUUCAACAAUAUUAGAAAUUAUAUCGGAUUUCUGGGUUAUUUGCUGAUAAUAUUGGAGGAGGAUGAUCUUUUCAAUACAGUAUCUAGAGGUAUAAUUUGGCACCUUUCGACACCUGAUGUUCUCCGUAAGCAAGGAUCGGUGCACCUUCGGCAUACAUUAGCGGCAGCCGUUCCGGUUCUAUUCAAUACUGUCGUGAGAAUGCUAGCUGUAGCUAAGAGUUCACGGUUCGGCACUUUUCUUGAAUUGGCUUUACUUCUCGCCUACGACACUUCCGAUAAUUGUAUAGAAAUGAUGAAGGAUAAUAUAAUAGAGAACGUGUUUUAUAGGUUCAAUCCCUAUUUCCCUGAUAGACAGUUGCCUGUUUAUGAUAUAAAUCCAGCAGAGCCUGUGAGAGACUGCACCGUUAAAUUGGGCGAUAGCAGUAUACAUUUAUCAAAAACUCUCUCAUUACUUCUUCUCUUAUUGAAAACCACUAUACGGCAGAUGGAAGAGAUUUCUAAUUUAAAAGCGUCGCUUCCCUGUCCCAAUAAUUAUGCACAAAGUUGUUUCAUCUGGUCUUAUCGAUUCGUGUGCCGGGCGAAGGAGCAUCGACACGAAAGGAUCACAAUGACUGUUUUAGCAACUGCUUUACUGCACUGCUUCGGCGAUCGGAUGCAAACAUUUUCCAAUCACCUUAUGCCGGAUGUAAUGUCUAUGUCGGUUAUGUCGGAAAUACCACCGAGAAAAGAUUGGACCGCCACCGUAAAUAUGAACACUUCACAAAUAGAUGUACAUUUCAAGAAGACGUUGAUAUAUUUAAGUGUUGCACACCUCAAAAUAUUCAGUUAUCAUAGAUUCCUCGUAGAAGAUCGACACUGGUUGAUCGGUUUGAUGUAUCUGCUGGAUCCCGGACUCUGUGCCCUGAGAGCCAAUUGGUCCGCCCCCUUGUUCGCUGAACUACGUAAAGCUGCGUUACAAGCCUUAGUCUGUUCUAUGUCUGCAAUACCGACGGUUUUAGUGGCUGAAUGUACUUUAAUACAUCGGAUAAUGUGGUAUAUCGAAUGGUAUUCAGAAAGUCCAUAUGAUCUCUCCACACUGUACUGGUGUGUAAGGCUCUUACAAGUCGCAACCCACAACCGGCGGAAGGACAAGAAAGCAAGAGAGAUAUCCCUUCGUGAACUCUUCGAAACCCACGGCAUCAUUAUACUUAUACGUCUGUGCUACAGCCUUCUAGAGCAAAGGCAACCUCCGAUAGAAAAGAGUCAAGUUAUAAUAUCCGUUUGUCUACGGUUACUGACGAGCGCCGUCGAAGUCGAGGGUAGAGUGAGCUGCUGUGUUUAUCCCACGAUCAAAUGGCCCAGUUCAACUAACACUGUGGCUGAGAGAUUGCUCGACGUGGUUCUGCAUUCUUUGAACAAACAUUUAAUCGUCAGUGAUAGAUUACUAAUAUCACUCUUAAACUUCAUAUGGGAAUCUAUAAUAUGGAGGCAAGAGUAUCGCAGGAGCUUCGUGGCCAAAGACGGCAUUUACAAGUUGCUGGAUAUUAUUACUAUGACGCGUGCUCCGGUCCAGUGCAUUGCGUUAGCGGUAAUCUGUGACGUGGCUUGCGCAGGCGAAGCCGUCGGUCAGCUGGUGUCUUGGCGAGCCAAUCUCGGUGCUUCUAAGACUUAUCCGAACUUAGUGAAGAGGGGUGCGACAAUCGCAAGUCUCUUAGCGGCUAUAUUCAGAGAUGAUUGUCGUAGGACUGGAGUCGUCCUCGAUGAAAAUGGUGUCAUACAAGAAAUGGAUAAUCCACUAAUGGCACAAGAAGUUCGAGAGGAAUUGAGCGGCCAUGUAGAUUGGGAAACCGAAAGUCAGAAUACUCCAGUUUGUUUACCCGCUGGAGAUUUGGCAGGAUCGCGUUUGUCGAAAACGUACGCAUUAUUACAAAUGCUUUCCGAAGAUUUAGAGGAGAAAGUUUCGUUGGCCGAUGAAGCGUACAAUCUUUACCAAAAUGUUAAGUUAGAUCCUACAGACGAGGCAACACUGGUGGUGUGUUCUCAUUUUUUAACUUUAAAAUUAGCGGAAGUGUGGACAGAAACGAGUCUACGAAUCCCUAAAUUAAUUCCAUAUGACAAUGAGCUACUGCAAGAAUUUCUACACAUUGGCAAAGGCUGGUCUAAAGAGAUUAAAACACAACAAGAAUGUGUGUUAGAAAGUUUCCGUAAAAAGGAUCGCGAAGAAGAACGUUCGCUUUACGAGUUUCUCGGCCGUGUUCGAUUGAAUAUUGCAUUGGACGCGCUGCACGAAGUACGUUGCGUCGCGCGUUCCGCGGACCGGAACGCACUUGUGCACGCGAUGAUACACGACGCAGUACGGGCACAUCACCGAUGUUGUUUGAAUCGUAAAACGCUGAACAGCACUAUAUUACGUACUUACAAGCCAAUGCUUGAUGAUCAGAACCAAACAGGCCACAACAUUAGAGUAGUCAGCAUCAAUCCCAAGGAUAAGAAGCUUAUAAGCAACUUAUCUUGCACAUCGGGAACUGUCAUCUACGAUCCACACGAAUGACUGGCUUUAUAGUUGCUUGAAUAAAAAAUAUUCUACUAUUCAA